AAGAUGGUUGAGCUCUUGGUCUUUCUUCUUCUCUGCAACUCUUAUGUGACCAAAUCAUCUGAGAUUUCUCAGCCUGCUCCAUUCCUUGCAGCAAAGUUGGGGGACAACGUGACAGUUGAAUGCCAUGUAACCAGUAAUGUUGAUCACAUGGUGUGGUACAAGAUGACCACUGGCAAGGAACUCCAGUGUGUGGCAAAGGCAGAGAUCUUUUACAAACAUGUACAUUAUUUAGGUAACUUUAGAAACGGGGGUUUUGGUGUAUUGAUAAAAGUAGGGAUAUUUCCCCUAAAUAUAUCUUCAACAAAGCAAGAGGACAUUGGGAUGUACUACUGUGGAGUUUUGCGCUUAAACUUCAUAGAGUUUGGAAUUGGAACUGCCUUGAUGCUCAAAGGUGAAGAGUUGAAUGGUAAUGCUGUUGUCCAGCAACCUGUGUCUGAGUCAGUCCAGCCAGGAGACUCUGUGACUCUGAACUGUACAAUACACACUGAGAAAUGUGCAGGAGAACACAGUGUCUAUUGGUUCAGACAUGGCUCAGGAGAAUCCCAUCCAGGAAUUAUUUCCACCCAUGGAAACAGGAGUGAUCAGUGUGAGCAGAGCCCUGAGGCUGGGUCUCCUACACAGAGCUGUGUCUACAACCUCCCCAAGAGGAACCUCAGCCUCUCUGAUGCUGGGACUUACUACUGUGCUGUGGCCUCAUGUGGGGAGAUACUGUUUGGGAACGGAACCAAGCUGGACAUUCAAGGCCAUAGGGCAGACCUUCUUCUCUUGGUGUACUGCCUGGGUGUAGGAUUGGCUUUCUCGUUAAUCCUGAUCAUUGUCCUUGCUUGCAUCAUGUACAAGAUGAACCAGAGAAAGUGUCUGCAGUGCAGAGGAUCUGUCGCUCUGACGACAUGUCCAGCAGUCCCUUCUACGGCUGCAGGGGCCCAAGAUGCAGACCAUCUCCAUUACGUAGCUCUGAAUCUGAGCAACAAGAAGAACAGGUCUAGAAGACAGAGAGGUCACAUGGAGACAGUGGUGUACGCUGGAAUCAGACAGUAGAACUGGAUGAAUGAAACAGUCCAAUGAAUUCUCUUUUUAUCAACUCUCCCUUUAUUAACAUUAUUAUCUGUAUUACUGAAACAUAUAAUUACUGUAGCUACUUGAAUUAAGUGCAUUGCUUCUCUGCCAAACUCAUUUUAAAUGGACUUGCUUGUGAUAAAAUGAAUAAAGCGUUUAACA